CAAUUGUCAACAAUCAACAUGGCUCAUUGUGCUGGAUCUGUGUGGCUCUAGAACUCUAGAUACUCUAGAUAUCAACAAAAGGCCAUGCCUGCAUGUCUUCCCUAAAUCUAAAUCUAAGAGCAACCGAGUCAACUCAUAACUCAAUGUGUCAAUUGGUUUGAAAGAUUAUCAAGUACCAGAAGGUCUAGGCCCAAUUUGAUCUCAGACACAAUGCUGGCGGGCCACUUUCACCGCCUCGCCACAGUCGGUAUGGUCUCCCAUGCCCCCGUCGCCGCCUCCGUCAGUCGUCCGCUGGGACUGCCAUCUUUGGCCAUCCGAUACUCGUCCAGCCAGCCCUCGUUCACAGACACGUCUGCUCCUCCACCGGCCCGAUCGGGGCAGCAUCGCUCGAUUCGCCGUCGCGAUUUCCGCUUCAUCUUCCCGGAGUUCCUGCCCGACCCGAACUCGGAAUUCCGCCAGCCCUUGGCCGAGAAAUUGGCACGUCAGGACCUCCUCCGGCGGCGAGCUCAAGUGGAGAUCCCAGAGUUCUACGUGGGCAGCAUUGUGGCCGUGACGACCUCGGAAUCCUACGCCCACACGGCCGACAAGCUCACCAAGUUCGUGGGGAUCGUGAUUGAGCGCGGUGGCACGGGUCCACGGGCCUGGAUCAAGGUGCGCAACGUAGUCGACAAGAUUGGCGUGGAGUUCCUGUACGAGAUCUAUUGCCCCACCAUUCAGAAGAUCGAGACUCUGCGACUGGAGCGACGCCUAGACGAGGACCUCACCUAUUUGCGUGAUGCGCCCCCCGAGUACAGCACUUUUCCCCCAGACAUGGAAGUGGAGAUCUUGCCCGAAGGCACGCCCGUGCCCGUCAACGACCUGAAAGUGCCUUUGCGCCCAGCUCCGUGGACUCGACGCUGGGAACGUUACACCGACCGUCUCAACGGCUACAUCCUGCCCGAUGAUUUGCCCGACUACAAGACCUCGGAAAUGGAACGGGAGAGCAAGUUCCUCAAUAUUGGAUGGCAGGGCCAAGUGAUGAAAUACGACCUGUUGUUGCAAUACCACGAGACCAUCUCCGUGGAGGAACAGGACGCGAUUUGGCGCGAGGUCGGCGACGCUCUGGAGACUCGCGAUUUAGACAUGAGGAAAGUGGCCGCCAAGCGGGCGUUUUCCAAGCCAACCAAAAGACAAUAAUACACGAUUUGAUUGAUGUCAGAUUCA